AUGACCGUCGGAAACCACCUUAACCAUUUAGCCAAGAUCAAGUCCCAGGAGAUUGAGCUGAGCAUCCUCGACCUUGCCAUGUUCAGGCUCAAGGUAGACAGUAUCUAUCUGUACAAAAACAAGCUCAGCAACCCCAACUUCAUGCCUCUAGACGUGCUCGCAGAAAGUCUAUGUUUGCUCAUUGCCGACCACUACCCAAUCCUCGUCGGCCGCCCAACAGUCAAUAGUGCUGGCAAGGGAAUCAUAUCGAUUGAUUCGUCAAAUCUCUGUUUGCCUGAUAUUGCCGAAAUCAUCGUUGACUCUCCGGUCGAGUCCUUUUUCGAGACCUGCCCGAAUGACUCCGAGGACAAGUCCGACAUUCAGUUCUUCAACACUCGCAGGUUUUAUUGCAACAGUGGGGUUGCGCACCCCCCGCACGCCUCAUACCAUAGAGACCACUCGGCAGUAAUUGUGAGAGUCCUGCGGUUCAAGGACGACUCCUAUGUCGGCAUCUCGUACUCAAUGUCACACUGCAUUUUUGAUGGAAUUGGCGCCAUGGCAUUUGUCAACCACUGGGGUGAGUAUGCGCGAAACCUCGAGGAAAUUAAGAACGGCAAAUACCAGCUAGUCGAGCCCCCACUCAAUGACCGCCAAGUGUUAAACGACUGCUUUUCCAAGGUCGAGCCGCUGGAUCUUCCGUUUGUCAGUUACUUUAAGGGCAUUUUGCCGCCGCUUCCCGAGAUUUCACCCGCGGCCAUUGCAUCAUCGAUGCUAUCCACACCAGACUUGCAGGCUAUUGAGGAUCUACAUGUGCUGCAUUUUAGCCGUGCCAACUUGGAGCGCAUCCGCCACCACGUUGACAAGGACCAGACGAUCAACGUGGCGUUCGUCACUCUGCUGACCAAAAACAUGGUGCAGGCCAACAUAAAGGCAUUCGGCAAAGCGCCGCAGGCAACGUAUGUAAUGACACCUUACAAUUGUCGCGCCCAAUCUACCAUUCCAAAGCACUUUGUCGGCAAUGCAACUUGUCCUGCCAUCGCGCCAUUGUCAACACAAUUGGUCCUUGAUGGAUCUUACAAGGACCUAGCCGAGUCUAUUAGAGAAUUGUGUUCAAAGACCGAGAGUGGCCACACAAAGGCAAACAUGUUGCUUAUAGAGCACCAACCCAGCUUGUUGUUCCAUAUUUUCAGCAUUUUGUGCAACUCCUCGGAGAGCUCGUAUAUUAGCAUGACCAAUUUGCGGUAUAUGCCAUUCUACACACUUGACUUUGGAUAUGGUGAACCAAGCGUCCUUGGGUUUGACUAUUUCCAGAUGGAGGGAACAGUUCGUCUGCUGCCAAACAAGCAGGAUGAUGGUUUGGACUUGUACUUGACCUUCCAUGACGCACAUUUUGAUGAGCUCUGUCAGCUCGAGGAUAUAAAGCUGUUUGCCAAUGUCAUUUACUAA